AUGUCGACGAGGGAGGCUGAGCCUUCCACGGCGGAACUGCCGCAAAUGAGAACCGUGGAAGUAAGUAGAAUGAAAUCUUUCUUACUGAUCAAUGCGGCCGCAUGUGUAACCAUAUUGGCAACGUUGGCAGUGGUCUGCAUACCGUUUCCGGGGCUACGUGUUACACGGCAAAUUGAGACGUUUGACAUAAAUCUCAACCAGCAGACAUUACCUUCCCUAAUACGUUUAGAAGCAAAGGAAGAGAAUGAUUUGCAUAUGAGUUUCUACCUGAAUACGCUUUAUCCUUACCAUUCCAUUGGCAACGUCACGCUUGGUGAGGGGGUCAUUCCGAUUUCGAAGCACUGUAAGAACCGGUUUGUGGCUUCAUACUACACCACUAAACCGAUCAAGACUCCUUCACAUGUGAACGUGUAUGAUCUUUACAGUGGAGCGGUUGCGGUCACAAAAUUUUUUCAGUCGAAGGAUCCCGGAGUGUACGUGCAGUACGAUAGUUCGGCAUAUGUGAUCCCUCAAGCGCUCUCGGAACCCAUAAAUCUGGAGGCAGACGUAUAUGACCUGCUAUACGGUGACGUGCAGCACGCCAUCAAGACACGCUUCGAAGAUGCUAGUGGGAAGAUUGUGCGCGACGUUAAGUUUACUGCCAAUGUCAAAGAAGUUACUCUAAAGAUAGGGCAAAUAUCGUCUAAGUUCAUCAAUGAUGUGCCGACAUGUGCUGUCAGGACAGUUGAUAUACCAACGUACGACGUCGUAAAGAUAAUGAUAUACCCACUACCGAAAACCGCCCCGCAUAAACAUGUUUACUAUCUGCACGGAAGCAAUUGGAAGCUUGCGUACGAAGGCAACCAAGGGUUGAAAACGCUAUUAAGUGACCACAGCAUAAAAGAGAGCCUUACAGAAGAGACGUUCGACGUACGCCGCGUGCAUGUUGAGGAUAAGCAGCAGGUACCCUUGGAAUGGACUGCUCCUCUCAAUGAGAAGCUUCACUACCAUGAAGCCAGCGCAGACGGUUGUAAAUAUUCUUUCUUCUUUGCGGAUAGAGGCCACAUGUUGGCCGACAAUAACUUGAGGGAUGUUGCAAAUAAAGGUGGUUCAACCCCAACUGCGAUGGCAACGGAUCGUAUUGUUGUUAUAUAUGUCCCAGCAGAAGAGACAAAACACCCACGAGGUUUCAUCUGCACAAAAAGGGAUCUUGAAUACGUGUAUAGUACCAUAUCUGGUUCAGGUACCCCCCGUUCUGGCGCACCAGCGACCGCGUGA